GUGAUCUGAACGCAGGAGGAGGACACACAGUUCGCUUCAGGAUGAGAGGAUCCAGAGAGUUUGUAUGAACCUCCUGUGGAUUUAUAGAAGCAUGGAGAUGAUCCGAGUUCUGCUGGUGCUGCUGGUGCUGCUGGUUCUGGGGUCGGCGGAGGGCAGGAGGGUUCGGGGUCAGCGGACUCAGACACCCGAGAGCUUUCCUCUGGACUUCACAGCUGUGGAGGGAAACAUGGAGAGCUUCAUGACUCAGGUGAAGAACUUGGCUCAAUCCCUGUAUCCCUGCUCGACUCAGAAACUGGACCAGGAGAUGAAGCUUCAGUUCCUGAGGAACUCAUCGGUCACCUGUAAUGAUGGUUCACCUGCUGGCUACUACAUAAAGGAGUCACGAGGCAGCCGGCGAUGGCUGAUGUUCCUGGAGGGUGGCUGGUACUGCUUCAGUAAACACACCUGCGACAGCAGAUACGAGACCAUGAGGAGACUCAUGAGCUCCAGCAAAUGGCCUCCCACCAGGACAGGAACGGGGAUCCUGUCGUCUCAGCCCGAGGAGAAUCCACACUGGUGGAACGCAAACACAGUGUUUGUGCCGUACUGCUCCAGUGAUGUUUGGAGUGGCUCCACAGCGAAGACAGACCAGAAUGACUAUGCAUUCAUGGGUUCUCAGAUCAUCCAGGAGGUCGUUAAGGAGCUGGUGACUAAAGGUCUGGACGGUGCUAAAGUGCUGCUGCUAGCCGGGAGCAGCGCCGGUGGUACCGGAGUGCUGCUGAAUGUGGACCGUGUGUCGGAGCUGCUGGAGGAUCUGGGUCUCGGUUCGGUUCAGGUUCGGGGUCUGGCGGACUCGGGCUGGUUUCUGGAUCAUAAACAGUACCGCUUCACCGACUGCAUCGACACGAUCAGCUGUGCUCCGACCGAGGCCAUCAAGAGAGGAGUGCGAUAUUGGAACAGCGUGGUUCCGGAGCGCUGCAGUCGUGUGUAUAACGGCGAGGACUGGAACUGCUUCUUUGGCUAUAAGGUUCAGCCCACACUGAAGAGUAUCGCCGGUGGUACCGGAGUGCUGCUGAAUGUGGACCGUGUGUCGGAGCUGCUGGAGGAUCUGGGUCUCGGUUCGGUUCAGGUUCGGGGUCUGGCGGACUCGGGCUGGUUUCUGGAUCAUAAACAGUACCGCUUCACCGACUGCAUCGACACGAUCAGCUGUGCUCCGACCGAGGCCAUCAAGAGAGGAGUGCGAUAUUGGAACAGCGUGGUUCCGGAGCGCUGCAGUCGUGUGUAUAACGGCGAGGACUGGAACUGCUUCUUUGGCUAUAAGCUGAUGGUUGAUAAUGUCCAUCUGACGGGUCAGCCGGUGCAGGAGGGUCAGUGGAGAUACAUCCAGAACCUGGGCAGCGAACUCAGAAACACCCUCAAAAACGUCCCGGCCAUGUUCGCUCCCGCCUGUUUGUCUCAUGAGAUCAUCACAAGAAGUUAUUGGAUGGACAUCCACGUCAAAGGUACUUCACUUCCUCGAGCGCUGCAGUGCUGGGACCGCAGCCUCCGUCACCACGGCAACAGCAGCAGCAUUCAGGCUCCGCCCCGGGGCUGCCCCCUUCACUUGAUUGACAGCUGCCCGUGGCCCCACUGCAACCCCACCUGCCCCACCAUCAGAGAGCAGCUGACGGGGCAAGAGAUGAGCGUCAUCCAGUUCCUCACACACCUGGGCUUCGACGUGCAGCGCGUGGCACAGCAGCAGGGCAUGGAGCCCCACAAACUACUGGGCAUGCUCAGUAACGGCACCUGACUGCGUUUGCUCCGGCUCCGUC